AUGGAGCGGAGUUGGAAAAUAAUUUUUACUUGGGCUAACGUGGCUCUAAGUGGAGUAGCUGCACAGUCUUCAUUGUGGAACCCGUUGUAUCUACCGAGCUUGGUGAUUGAUGUUUUUUUUUUUUUUUUCUAUGGGUAUAAGAGCUGCACGUCCACCCUGAUUGAGGACGAUCCCUGGUGGAGAGUGGACAUGCUGGAGCCUUAUGACAUCUCAACUAUUGUAAUCAUCCGCAGAACAGAUUGCUGCGCUUCUGAGUUAAAUGGGGCUGAAAUUCGCAUCGGUGACUCGCUGGAGAACAAUGGCACCAACAAUCCCAGAUGUGCAAUCAUUACUGUGACCAGUAACGCUGUCAUGAACUUCCACUGCAGCCAGAUGAGAGGACGCUACGUCAUCAUCCUCCUGCCUGGGUCAAACAGGAGACUUCAGCUUUGUGAGGUCAAAGUGUAUGCUGCUAGCAACAUUACAGGAGCUGAUUAG